CGUCCCUGCCCAUCUCGCAGCGCGCCCAUCGUUUCUUUACAGUUCCUUAGCACGGAUUACUUCCUUCCCUAUCGGCCAGGCUUUCGGGCGCGCGGUGAGAGUGUGUCUGCGCGCGCCGUUUCUCUCCCCCCCCCCCACACCGCCCGCGUUCUGUCAACGUCUCGCCCCGGCUCCAGUCUUCUGGCGGCUCUGCUUAAGCGCGGUGGGGUUCCUGCUUUCCGUCUUCUCGCCACCCCCCCCCCCCACUCCACCGCCUCUCGCUUAUUCCCUCCCCCGCUUCCAUCGCCUUCUCCCCUCACGCGCGCCUCCCUCCCCGCUUCUCCUCCAUCGGAGACCCCGGCACUGCGGGAGCUUUGGCCGGCGCGGAGACCCCCUCAAAAAAGCCAGUUUGCCGACGCGGAUUUAGGCAUAGCCAAAACGUUUGUGACCUUAGUACUUGGAAUAUUCAUCAUCCUGGAUAAUUACUCUGAAAUUCUGCUAUAGGAUAAAUGCCUUGAGAAGCACAAGAUGAUGAUGAAUAGCACUGAAGCCUUGGAAUCUUUGUAUUGACUGAGGAAUUACAAUGUUUACUUUGUGAACAAAAACUAUUUUGUAGUGGACAAAACAUUUGAAAAUGCGGCCAUGGACUGGCUCCUGGCGAUGGAUUAUGCUCAUCCUUUUUGCUUGGGGAACAUUGCUCUUUUACAUAGGUGGACACUUAGUAAGAGACAGUGAGCAUCCGGACCACUCUAGCCGUGAACUGUCAAAAAUACUAGCAAAACUUGAACGAUUGAAACAGCAAAAUGAAGAUUUAAGACGAAUGGCAGAGUCUCUCAGGAUACCAGAUGGUUCUAUUGAUCAGGGUCCUGCUGCAGGAAGAGUACAUGCUUUAGAAGAACAGCUAAUAAAAGCCAAAGAACAGAUGGAAAAUUACAAACAACGAACAGGAGAUGUGGGCUUUGGAAAAGACCAUGAAAUACUAAGAAGAAGGAUUGAAAAUGGAGUCAAAGAGUUUUGGUUUUUUCUCCAGAGUGAACUGAAGAAAUUAAAAAACCUGGAAGGAAAUGAAUUGCAUAAACAUAUUGAUGAACUUCUAUCUGACUUGGGUGAACAUGAAAGGUCAAUAAUGACAGAUCUGUUUUACCUCAGUCAAACUGAUGGAGCAGGUGCUUGGCGAGAAAAAGAAGCCAAAGAUUUGACAGAGCUAGUGCAGAGGAGAAUAACUUAUCUGCAGAAUCCCAAGGAUUGUAGCAAAGCCAAGAAACUAAUAUGCAAUAUCAACAAAGGAUGUGGUUAUGGUUGUCAACUUCAUCAUGUGGUCUAUUGCUUCAUGAUAGCAUAUGGCACUGAAAGGACACUGAUUUUGGAAUCCCAAAAUUGGCGCUAUGCAACUGGAGGCUGGGAGACUGUUUUUCGGCCAGUGAGUGAAACAUGUACUGAUAGAUCAGGAAGUACUACAGGGCAUUGGUCAGGUGAAAUGAAUGACAAAAAUGUUCAAGUGAUAGAAUUGCCCAUAGUUGACAGUCUACAUCCACGACCUCCAUAUUUGCCACUGGCGAUUCCAGAAGAUCUGGCUGAUAGACUAAUUCGCGUCCAUGGGGACCCUCCAGUAUGGUGGGUCUCACAGUUUGUCAAAUACUUAAUUCGUCCACAGCCUUUGUUAGAAAAAGAGAUAGAAGAAGCUACAAGAAAACUUGGUUUUAAACAUCCAAUUGUUGGUAUUCACGUCCGUAGAACAGACAAAGUGGGAACAGAAGCAGCAUUUCAUCCAAUUGAAGAAUACAUGGCACAUGUUGAAGAACGUUUCCAGCUUCUUUCCCGGAGAAAACAUAUUGACAAAAAGCGAGUCUAUUUGGCUACAGAUGAUCCUUCGCUAUUGCAAGAGGCAAAAUCCAAAUAUCCAAACUAUGAAUUCAUAAGUGACAAUUCCAUAUCAUGGUCAGCAGGUCUUCAUAAUCGAUAUACUGAAAACUCUCUGCGGGGUGUUAUUUUGGAUAUACACUUCUUGUCUCAGGCAGACUUCCUUGUGUGCACUUUUUCUUCACAGGUUUGUCGAGUUGCUUAUGAAAUCAUGCAGACAUUACAUCCUGAUGCAUCUGCCUAUUUUCAUUCUUUGGAUGAUAUUUAUUACUUUGGGGGACAGAAUGCCCACAACCAGAUUGCAAUUUAUGCUCAUCAUCCUCGAACUGCUGAUGAAAUUCCUAUGGAAGCUGGAGAUAUAAUUGGUGUUGCUGGAAACCACUGGGAUGGCUAUUCCAAAGGCAUCAAUAGAAAAUUAGGGAGAACAGGUUUAUACCCUUCCUAUAAAGUGAAAGAGAAAAUUGAGACAGUCAAGUAUCCCAUAUAUGAAGAGGCUGACAAAUAAAGGCAAGCAAAAUAAUUCAUAGCAACUUUUACUUUGAACUAUUACAACCAACCAUAUUGUUGACUUUUGUAGGAUGUGAAUUUGCAAUUUAACAUAUGGUUAAAAUGAAAGCCUUUUACUGUUCAGACUGGAUGCACAGCUUGGAACAAUUUGAUAGGGCACUGUUUGAACUUUGUUAUAUGCACACUGCACACAUGCACACUGAUACACAUUCAACAGGAACUAUUGUUUUAUACUCUUUGUCUUUCUGAGAAUAUGUUCCUCCCAUGAAUCACAUAUGGAUUUUGGGCUCAUUUCUUUGCCAUUAAUAAACUAUAAGACUUUUAACACUGCUGCAUUAUGUAAUUUAAGUGACAUGAGCAUAUUUUGUAUGUGGAGAAUAUGAAAUAUGGUGCCUCUUUCUGAAAGAUCAGUGACAUUUUAGAAGAGCCAUGUCUCAUUCUCCUGAUGGGCAAGAAUUAUGUUGCACUCAACAUGCUCCAACCAACAGAUUUAAAAAAUCAGAAUACAUAUUUCUUUGCAGGAUUUUUUGCUAGCAAUUUCAUUGAUUAAUUCACAUCAUCAUUAAUUAAAAAAAUACAUCCAACUAUACAAUAAUUGUCUGGUAGAAAUUUUUGUAAAACUAUGCCAUGAACUGAUUCUUUAGUACUGUUUCUGGACAUUGUCUUUGAUAACAAAAAAUAAAUUAAAAAAUGAAUGGUUGGAGUGCUACAAGUAAUAUGACUUUAAAAUUAAGAAGACUUUGUUGAAUGGAAUAUGUUUCUAUUCUUUUCUUGAGAAAGCUCUGAAAUUUUAUUUCAUACAGAAUAUUUUAGUAUCUUUGACUAGUACUGGGCUGUCUGUGUCUAUUGAUUCCUUGUUUGGCAAAGAGCCAAGGCC